AAGCAACCGGGGCCGAGAGAGACGAGAUGAGGCCUGCCUCUUCUCCCUCCGUCACACGCGAGACGGAGACGCGUCUGAAGCUGAGGCCUGUAUAAAAGCGCUAAAGAUCCCUCGCUCUCUUCCCCCCCGUGCGCUGUGUCCCGUCUCUGCGAGCAAGUUCUGUCUUCGUCCAUCCAUCCGUCCCCGUCUCACUGCCUGUGGCCCGUGGGUAGCGGUUGUCGAUCAGCUUACCCACGCCGGCGUGUUCUCCCUGACAUGGUCGGCCGGAUGGAGCGGCAGACCGCGUCGUCGUCAGCGUCAUGCUCCCCCGCCGCCGCCGCCACCACCUCCUCCUCGUCCUGCGGCGGCAAGAAGCGGCCUGAUAUCCUCAACAUGAUCCGGAAUGCAUCCUGUCUUAAUUCGUCGUCUGCUGAUACCGGCAAGGGAAGGAGUAAAUUGUCGACCAACAAAGUUACACAUGGAUUCCACCUGGUGGAAGGCAAGUCCGGCCAUGACAUGGAAGACUACCAUGUGGCAGAGUACAAGUAUGUGAAGAAUCAUGAGCUUGGUCUCUUUGCCAUUUUUGAUGGCCAUUUAGGAGAUAAGGUGCCAAGUUACUUGAAAGCUAACCUUUUUAGCAACAUAAUGAAAGAGCCUCUCUUCUGGUCUAGCCCUCAAGAAGCAAUAAAGAAUGCAUACUGCUCUACAAACAAGUAUAUUCUAGAAAAUACCAAACAACUUGGACCAGGUGGUUCGACAGCAGUUACUGCUAUUGUAGUUGAUGGUAAGGACAUGUGGAUAGCAAAUGUAGGCGACUCUAGAGCUGUUGUGUGUGAAAGAGGCUCUGCUAAGCAGCUCACUGUUGACCAUGAGCCCCAUGAAACUAAUGAAAGACAGAGGAUUGAAAAGCACGGUGGCUUUGUGACGACAUUUCCUGGUGAUGUUCCUCGGGUGAAUGGUCAGCUCGCUGUUGCUAGGGCAUUUGGUGACCAAAGCCUCAAGGCCCACUUGAGCUCUGAACCUGAUAUUAGUCAUGUACCAAUAAACUCAAGUAUAGAGUUUGUCAUACUUGCCAGUGAUGGAUUGUGGAAGGUAAUGAAGAACCAGGAAGCCGUCGAUCUCGUGAAGUCAAUCAAGGAUCCACAGGCAGCAGCGAAACGAUUGACCACUGAAGCGUUGGCAAGGAAGAGCAAGGAUGAUAUCUCUUGCAUUGUCAUCCGUUUCCGCUGCUGAGUUACCCUCUCUCCACGGCACUGAUAUCCAGUCUUCACCUCAUGAUUUAGAUUGAGACAAUUUGUCUUUGCCGAAUUUUCUGAUAGAAUAUGCUGUACCUAUCAUAGCUGUCGACAGGCCUGGAACUAAUUAGGGUAGUGAAGACUUGAGAGCUGGUUGGUGAGUGUGUGCAGGGUGCCUAUUCGCCUGUGCAUAUGUUGACUCUGCAUCCGUUGAUCCGGACUUGGGCGACUGUCAGGACCUUAGUGCUUGUGUGCUUGUGAUGGUAAUGGACCUAAUGGCUAAUGGUGGUAAGGGAACUUGUUGAUACCAAAUUUGGUUAAUUUAGUUUUUUUUCAUGGCUCGC